AUGGCAGAUGAUCAACAUAUUUCUGUGGAGAUGGCUAACUUAUCAGUCAACGGUGAGGAAGAUGAUGGACUAGUUUUUGAAGAGGACGAAGAGCUUUCCACAGGUUCUGACAACUCUCUCUGUCUGGUAGGACGUUUUCUUACCGAUAAAACUAUCAACUUCCAGGCUAUGAAACAAACCCUUGCUUCUCUAUGGAGGCCUUUCAUGGGAAUGUCAGUCAAUGAGGAGGGGAAUGGUUUUUACCAUUUUCAAUUUUACCACAAGGUGGACGUGGAUAGAGUCCUUGAUAUGGCACCAUGGACUUUUAACAAUCAACUUUUGAUUCUCGGUAGAGUUGAAGUCCGUUUGGGCAAUGAACUUGGUUCGGUCCAGAUUCACAAACUUGAUAAUGGGUUUAUGACUGAACGAGUGGCAGUCCGUUUGGGCAAUGAACUUGGUUCUUUUCUAGAGUCCGAUCCCAAUAAUUUUACAGGGCCACGACGAUCCUAUAUGAGACUGAAAUAUUUACAUGAUAUCCGUACUCCUAUUCGACAAACACUGAAGCUCCGUGCAAAGUCUGGAAAUUGGUUCUAUCCCACACUGGCAUAUGAAAGAUUACCCAGUAUAUGUUUUCUUUGUGGUUUCCUUGGGCACACUGAACGAUUCUGUCGUAAGCUUUUGAACGAAGGCCGUGUUUCGUUGGUCAGAAAGUUUGGUCCGGAAAUUCGAGUUUCUAACCGGCCAAGCCUGCGAAUUGGUGAACGGUGGUUGAGGGAGGAGACAGGUGGGUCCUGGGAUACGGCUACUCAUGAUGAUGGUGUUGAAAAAGCCACUAAUGAUGGAAGCUUUCAAAAUUUGAAUAAGAAAGGAGAUAUGGCUGUUUUAGAGGGCAUGAUCUGCGGAGAUGAUUAUGCUCCUAUGGUGGAUGAGUCAGCAGCUAACACCUCAAAUGUGGACCCAGCAUUAGGUGAUAGUUUUGACAUUAUCAUGGUAGAUCCAAAAAGGAAACGAAUGGCGCUUGCGCCCACCAUGUUGCAUGAUAAUACUCCAGCUGUUUUGGGCAGUACUUCAGUUUCAAAAAAUGGGCCAUUGGCGGGUUCUGCGAAUAAAGUUGCAGAAAUAAAGACUUUAUUAAAUUAUGAUGGUUUUGUUAAUGUUGACUGUGUUGGCCAUAGCGGCGGUUUGGCAUUAUUAUGGAAAGGUGUUUCGUCAGUUAAUAUUAUUGGUUCCUGUUCUCGAUAUAUAGAUGUUGAAGUGGAUUUACCCCAUUUUGGUGUUUCGAGGCUUACAGGCUUUUAUGGUGAACCAAAUAGAAACAGAAGAAACAAUUCUUGGCAGCUACUUCGUGUUUUAGCUUCUCAUAGUGAUUUGCCUUGGCUGUGUUUAGGCGACUUCAAUGAUAUCCUUGCUUCGUCUGAAAAGAGAGGGGGAAGACCUCAAGGCGACUUCAAUGAUAUCCUUGCUUCGUCUGAAAAGAGAGGGGGAAGACCUCAUCCUGCUCAUCUUAUUCGGGGAUUUCAAGCUGCUAUCUCAGAUGCACAUCUGCAUGAUUUUCCUAUGUCUGGUUAUGCCUUCAUUUGGGAACAUGGUCGCACUAGUGGCAAUUUAAUUGAGGAAAAACUUGAUCGUAUUUUGGCUACUGACUCUUGGCGCCGAAAAUUCUCUCAAGCCCGAGCUAUGGUUCUUGAUAAAUCUUCAUCCGACCAUCUCCCGAUCUACCUUGAACUACGUCACUUUGUGCCUCGGGCUCAGGCUAGACGAUUUCGUUUUGAGAACAGCUGGAGGAGGGAGGCUGCUUGUAAGACUCUGAUUAUGGGUUGUUGGUUUAAGACGGUGAAUUUGGCUUUGGGUGAUAGGCUUUCUCGGUGCAGAGCACUCCUUGAGAUUUGGGGGGAAGAACUUCGCCAUUAUCAGAAAGGUGAAUUUGUGACUUGCAUGGCUAUCAUGGUUGCUACAAGAGGUUCUCGUACCGCAGGAGAUAAUGUUCGGUUUUUGGAGGCAAAGAACAGGUAUGAACAGCGUGCCAAAGAGUUCUGGUUACGGGAAGGUGAUGCUAAUACCCGUUUCUUCCAUCGAAGUGCUACAACCCGACAACAACGAAACCGAAUUUCUGCUCUGAGGGAUGAAUCUGGAAACUGGUGUCACUUGAAUUCCGGGUUAGAAGACCUUAUGCCUGUUCUCACUGAAGCACAAAAUGAGUUCUUGUUAGCUCCUUACUCAAUUGAGGAUGUUCGGGUAGCUGUUUUUGACAUGAAGGCCGACAAAGCCCCGGGUCUUGACGGUUUCAAUCCCGGCUUCUACCAAGGCUACUGGGAUGUUAUCGGUAAUGAUAUAGCUCAGAAUUGUAUCGAGAUAAUCCACAGUGGGUCUAUCCCUGCUCAUCUGAAUGAGACUGGUUUGGUUUUGAUUCCUAAGACAUCAUCCCCCGAGUCUAUGUCCGAUUUGAGACCGAUUGCCCUUUGCAAUGUUCUGUUAAAAAUCAUUACCAAGAUGCUUGCAAAUCGUCUUCGCACUAUCCUUCCGCUCCUGAUUUCCGAAAGCCAGUGUGCCUUUGUUGCGGGCAGAAAUAUUCAGGAUAAUUGUAUUGUUGCUUUUGAAGCUUUGCAUGCAUUUCACAGGAAGACUAGGGGUUCUGAUUUUUCUGCAGCGGUCAAAAUGGAUAUCAGCAAAGCAUACGACAAAAUGGAGUGGUCCUUUCUACGGCAGAUGCUAGCUAAUUUGGGUUUUAAUGCUCUAUGGAUUAAUCUUAUCAUGUCUAGUCUAACUUCGGUGAAGUACUGGAUUUUGCAGAAUAAUAGAGAGCUUGGGCCCAUUCUUCCCACUAGGGGCUUAUCAAACAUGAUUCGGAUAUCUACUCAGCAUGGGACUCUGAGUGGUUUUCGAGUUUGUCGGGGUGGCCCAUUAAUUUCUCAUCUCUUUUUCGCCGAUGACAGUUUGGUGUUUUUGAAGGCUUCAGUUCAGGAAUCACAAUCUCUCAAACAUAUUCUGGCUAUGUAUGAGGCAGAAUCAGGUCAGCAGAUAAAUUUCAACAAGUCUUCAAUUACUUUUAGCACUAAUACCCCUCGGCACUCCCGACAUCAAAUAUGUUCCUUACUUCAGGUUCCAGAGAAGGAUACUUUAGGUUCUUACUUGGGUCUACCAUCACAUAUGGGGCGAAACAGAAGAGAGGUCUUUAAUUAUAUAAAGGAUCGAAUGUGGAAACGUUUAAACUCAUGGGAACUUAAGUCUCUUUCCCGUGCGGGAAGAGAAGUCCUGUUAAAAACGGUUCUUCAGGCUUUACCUAAUUAUCUUAUGAGUCUUUUCUUGUUACCCAAGACUUUGUGUACAGAAUUAGAACGUAUCAUGAAUCGAUUCUGGUGGGGUAGUGGGCGAAAUUAUUCUCAAGGCAUUCAUUGGCUUGCUUGGGACAAAAUGGCCAUCCCAAAGUUGUUCGGAGGGCUUGGAUUUCGAAAAAUUCAUGAAUUUAAUAUAGCUCUUCUGGGUAAACAAGGCUGGAAACUUAUGGCAAGCCCGGAUUCAUUGGCUGCACGCGUUUUGAAAGCAAAGUAUUUUCCGAAUUGUAGCUAUCUGGAAGCUGAUCUCGGCUCAAACCCAAGCUAUGUUUGGCGAAGCAUUUGGGGGUCAAAGAGUUUGAUCCAACCAAGCUAUGUUUGGCGAAGCAUUUGGGGGUCAAAGAGUUUGAUCCAAAAAGGACUAUAUAUGCGGGUUGGUAGUGGUUCCAACACAUUUAUUUGGGAUUCUCCUUGGCUGCCUGACGAAGAAUGUUCUUUUAUCUCCUCUCCUAGACCACUAAAUAAUACUGCUUUCUUGGUUUCGGAUCUUAUUACGCACAGAAGAUGGGAUGUUGAGCGAAUUAGACGCUUAUUUAAUGAAAGAGAUAUUGCUUGUAUCCUCUCUAUUCCUUUAAGCAAUCAGAUGGGAGAUGACCGCGUUUGUUGGAAAUUUGAUGCAAAAGGUACUUACACAGUCAAGAGUGGUUACAGGCUACUUCUGCAUAAUCCUCUUGCAUCACAUUUUCUGUCUUCUAUAUGUUGGACUCGACUGUGGAAGAUGAAGAUUCCUCCCAAAGCACUUAAUUUCAUUUGGCAUGCCGUAUGUGAUGUUCUUCCUUGUAGGAGAAAUUUACGCUCUCGAAGGAUGGACAUUCAAGAUAUUUGCCCUCUAUGUCUUGGACACUCUGAAACAACUCUUCAUAUUCUUGUCAACUGCCUUCAUAUCUUGUCAAACUGCCUUUUUCAGACAGGCUUGGAAACUCUUCCGCAUCUUGGGGUAUCGGUGGUCUUCGGCUACGUCUUUUGGGGUGGGGAGUGGUUUCAGCAAGCCUCAUCGUCAUCCACUUUGGAGAACUUGAAUUAUAUUUCUAUGGUGUGUUGGGCAUUAUGGGUCACUAGGAAUGAUAUGGUAUGGCGCCAACGAAACAGGAAUCCAGGGGCGGUAAUUCUACUAGCUACGGGAGUUUGGCGAGCAUGGAAGGAUGCUCAGGUUCAUCGUUUGGUAGUUCCUUCUCCAGUCACCUUUGCUCGUACUUGGACUCCACCUCCGUUUAAUUGGUUAAAAGUGAACAUAGAUGCCUCAACUGGAGUGGCUACUGGUUAUGUGGGUAUUGGCACAAUAGUUCGAAAUUCAGCCUCUGAGUUUAUUGCUAGCAGAGCGUGGAGAUUUCCGGGAUUUUUCAGUGAUACGGUGGCGGAGGCCAUCGCCGUGCGAGAAGCUUUGAGCUGGAUCAAGGAUCACAGAUGGAAUUAUAUUUUGUUGGAAACUGACUCUCAGUCAGUUGCCAAUGCCAUCAACAAUGUUUCUACAAAUGAUUCGUCUGCUUUUGGUUUGAUAAUUCAAGACUGCAGAUCUCUUUUGUCUGAGAUACCAGUCGCUAAAUGUAAUUUUAUUUAUAGGUCUGUGAAUGUGGCUGCACAUAGGUUAGCAGUUGGAACACAUAUGUGGCUGCAACCAUAG